GGGUUUUCAGUUCGCUCAGUUCGGUUUCGCUGGCCAAAGGUGACGCAUCGCGGAGUGUCCGAAGAUUUCUUCGUUCCGAGUUCCGAGUUUCCCUUCUCGUUUCGGUUAAAGCUCUAAUACCUCCCUUCGGAACACAACGAAUUUUGGCAACACGUGUUGGCCGAUAAUUGCCGGAACGGAGAAUUAUAGGCCAGCUCUCUGGGGGAGCAAAGUACACGUCAACGCUGCGUGGAGAGAGUCCAAUUCGGCUGACUACUUCCUCGGCAACCGGCCACCGGCAACCGCUGAGACAUCACGAGAUAGUGCCGAAAAGGCACUGUGGUUCCGAUUUAGUGAUUCAUUAUACCGGCGUUACUCGACGAAGUCAGCUGCGCGGAGAAAGACACUCGGAAAUUUGAAUUCGUGAGCAAGAGUUUCCCCCAAUCGAAAUGGGCUACGAUGAGGCGAUUGUCCAUCUGGGAGACUUUGGUCGCUACCAGAAGAUCAUCUACUUCCUCAUCUGUUUGACUUCCAUUCCGGUGGCUUUUCACAAGUUGGCAGGGGUUUUCCUUCUGGCCAAACCGGAUUUUCGCUGUGUCCUGCCCUUCGAGAAUGGAAGUAGCUAUGAUUUGGAGCCUCAUUUGUGGAAUCUAUCUUAUUCCGGGAAGGAUGGUUGUUCCUACUACGAUGUGGAGUACAGUGAGGCCUAUUUGGAGGGCAAUAUUACCCGGAAAAGCAACGACACCAAGAGCUGCUCCUCCUACGUUUACGAUCAGAGCAAGUAUCUCAACAGUGCGGUGACCGAAUGGAAUCUGGUUUGUGGCAGGGAGUUUCUGGCUGCCACCAGCGAUUCCCUCUUCAUGUUCGGAGUGCUCCUGGGCAGCAUCGUCUUUGGCCAACUGAGCGACAAGUAUGGAAGGAAGCCCAUCCUCUUCGCCUCGCUGGUAAUCCAGGUGAUAUUCGGAGUGCUGGCUGGAGUGGCUCCGGAGUACUUUACCUACACCUUUGCGAGAUUGAUGGUGGGUGCCACCACCUCGGGCGUCUUCCUGGUGGCCUAUGUGGUGGCCAUGGAAAUGGUGGGUCCCGAUAAGCGACUCUACGCUGGCAUCUUUGUGAUGAUGUUCUUCUCCGUGGGAUUUAUGUUGACCGCGGUCUUUGCCUACUUCGUUCACGAUUGGAGAUGGCUGCAGAUUGCUCUCACCUUGCCGGGAUUGAUUUUCAUGUGCUACUACUGGAUCAUUCCCGAAUCCGCCCGCUGGCUGCUCUCGAAGGGAAGGAAGGAGUGCGCCAUUGCCAACAUGCAGAAGGCAGCGCGAUUCAACAAAGUGGAGGUCACCAAUGAGGCUUUGAGUGAGCUGCUCGACGAGGGAGAAACCUCCGAGGAGAAGGCCAAGCAGAAGUUGGAGGAUGAGGAUAAGGAUGAGGGACCUCCGCCCUCCGUUUGGGAUCUCUUCUGCUACCCGAAUCUCCGCCGGAAAACCCUUUUAAUAUUCCUGGAUUGGCUGGUAACUAGUGGUGUUUACUACGGACUCUCCUGGAACACCAACAACCUGGGUGGCAAUGUGUUACUCAACUUUGUAAUCUCUGGAGCCGUGGAGAUACCAGCCUAUGUGUUCCUACUCCUCACUUUGAAUCGCUGGGGCAGAAGAUCCAUCCUUUGUGGUUGCUUGGUGAUGGCAGGCUUGAGUCUCCUGGCCACUGUGGUCAUUCCAAGCAGGAUGCACAGCCUGAUUGUGGCCUGUGCCAUGUUGGGCAAACUGGCCAUCACUGCCUCCUAUGGAACCGUUUACAUAUUCUCCGCUGAGCAGUUUCCCACUGUGGUUAGGAAUGUGGCUUUGGGCGCCGCUUCCAUGGUGGCCAGAAUCAGCGGAAUGAUGGCGCCGUUUCUCACCUUUUUGGCCACCAUUUGGCAACCGCUGCCACUCCUCAUCUGCGGAUCCCUGGCCCUGGCAGCGGGAUUGCUAUCGCUUCUCCUCCCAAAAACGCACAACAAACCGAUGCUGGAAACCAUUGCGGAUGGCGAGCGUUUUGGCAAGAAGACCAAGGGCGAUGUCUAUCUGGAAACGGGCCAAGAAAUGCGACAGACACCGGAGACGCAGCCGCUGAAUGGAUCGGCUGACUCGAAUGGACUCAAGAGCAAUGGCCAGAAGUUCUAGGAAAGCCUCUCACUCGAAACCCUUUCCAGAAACUAAACUAAAGUAAUUAUGAAGUAGAGCGAGCUUACAGGGCAAAUAGAAUUCGGCCAGGCCAAAGGCUUUAUGGCAUUUACCUUCUACGUGUAGACCAAGUAUUAUAUCAUUUCUGAAAUCUCACAAGCAAACCAAAAAUGAAAAGAGAAGAAAACAAGACAAAAGCGAAUUAAAGAAUGAAUUAAAUUAUUAUUAUACUAGAAGCAUUUAGCCAAGCAUUAUUUUUACCGAAAUGGAAAAUCAACUGAGAAACCUAUCUCCCUAAUGUCUAAUUUAUUUCCAAAUCUAUUUAAAUUAAAUUUACCAAUUAAAUGUAAUAUGCGUGUAUUCCAUCGAGAUGAUUUUGAAAUAAACUGUCGUAUUUUUCCAGAGACAAAAUCUA